CCCUCACGGUGUGUCCGGUCCCCGCUGCCCCUUCGUCCUCCCUGUCCCCACCACCUGCCACCCCGCGCGGCGCCCUCGCUGAGGGAGGCGGGCGCCAUGGCGGCCGAGGCCCUGGCGGCCGAGGCGGUGGCUUCGCGCCUGCAGCGGCAGGAGGAGGACAUUCGCUGGCUGUGGGCCGAGGUCCAGCGCCUGCGGGACGCGCAGCUGAACGCGCCCGACCGCGGCCCGGUCGAGGGGCCCUGCCUCACGCGGGAGGUGGCGCAGCUGCGGGCGGAGAACCGCGACCUGCGGCGCCGCCUGUCCGGCCUGCGGCUGUGCCUCGCCGAGGAGCGGAGCCACCAGGCGGCGCAGGAGGAGGCCGGGCGCGCGGCUGCGGGCGCGCAGCCUCCUUCUAGUCAAAACCAAGAAAAGGACGUUCAGAAUGGGAAGGAGGAACAGGGGCCUGACAGCGAGGUGAAAAAUCAACCAGACUUCAUAAAGGAAAGAUUGACGCUUUUUGAGAUAUUGAAGAGAGAGCAUCAGCUGUCACGUGGCCCCGGUGGAAGCCAGGGGCAUGCCGGCGAUGCCAUCACCGUAAGAGUGGCUGACGGGAGGACGGUGGAAGGGGAAGCGUGGAAAACCACACCGUACCAAGUGGCUGCUGACAUUAGUCGAGAACUGGCCGAAAGCACCGUCAUAGCCAAGGUCAAUGGUGAAUUGUGGGACCUGGACCGCCCGCUGGAAGGGGACUCCACGCUGGAGCUGCUUACGUUUGACAACGAGGAGGCACAAGCUGUGUACUGGCACUCCAGCGCCCACAUCCUGGGCGAGGCCAUGGAGCUGUACUACGGAGGCCACCUGUGCUACGGCCCACCCAUCGAGAGCGGCUUUUAUUACGACAUGUUCAUCGGAGACAGAGCCGUGUCCAGCACAGAGCUGCCGGCGCUGGAGAGCAUCUGUAAGACGAUUAUAAGAGAAAAGCAGCCUUUUGAAAGAUUGGAAGUCAGCAAGGACGUCCUUCUGGAGAUGUUUAAGUACAAUAAGUUCAAGUGCCGCAUUUUGAACGAGAAGGUUAACACUCCAACCACCACGGUUUACAGGUGUGGCCCACUCGUCGACCUGUGUAAAGGCCCCCACGUGAGACACACCGGGAAAAUUAAAGCCAUAAGAAUUUUCAAGAACUCCUCCACCCACUGGGAGGGCAGCCCCGCCAUGGAAGCGCUGCAGCGGAUCUAUGGCGUGUCCUUCCCCGAGAGCAAGAUGAUGAGAGCCUGGGAGAAGGCCCAGGAGGAGGCCAGGAGCCGAGACCACAGGAAAAUCGGGAAGGAUCAGGAGCUUUUCUUUUUCCACGACCUGAGUCCCGGAAGCUGUUUCUUCCUGCCCCGGGGAGCCUGCAUUUACAACACGCUGGUGGACUUCAUCCGGGAGGAAUAUCACCACCGAGACUACACGGAAGUGCUCUCCCCCAACGUGCUCAGCAGUAAGCUCUGGGAGGCCUCGGGCCACUGGCAGCACUACAGCCAGAGCAUGUUCACCUUUGAUGUGGACAAGGACACGUUUGCCCUCAAACCCAUGAACUGCCCGGGGCACUGCCUCAUGUUUGCCCACCGCCCGCGGUCUUGGAGGGAAAUGCCCAUUCGAUUUGCCGACUUUGGGGUUCUUCAUAGAAACGAACUGUCGGGAACCUUGAGUGGCCUGACCCGGGUUCGGCGCUUCCAGCAGGACGACGCCCACAUCUUCUGCACCAUGGAGCAGAUUGAAGAGGAAAUCCGGGGGUGUCUGCAGUUCUUGCAGUCUGUCUACUCCACGUUCGGCUUCUCCUUUCAAUUAAAUCUGUCAACGCGGCCGGAACACUUCUUGGGCGAGCUCGAGUUGUGGGAUGAGGCUGAGAAGCAACUACAGAAGAGCCUGACGGAAUUUGGAAGACCGUGGAAGCUGAACCCAGGAGAUGGAGCAUUUUAUGGCCCUAAAGUUGAUAUCAGCAUCAAGGACGCCCUGGGCAGGUCCCAUCAGUGUGCGACCAUCCAGCUGGACUUCCAGCUCCCGAGGAGGUUCAAUCUCACGUACGUCAGUAAGGACGGGGAUGACAAGAAGAGCCCUGUGAUCAUUCACCGAGCCAUUCUGGGCUCAGUGGAGAGAAUGAUCGCCAUCCUGUCGGAAAACUACGGGGGGAAGUGGCCUUUCUGGCUGUCUCCUCGUCAGGUGAUGGUCAUCCCUGUGGGGCCGACUUGUGACAAGUAUGCACUUCAGGUCUCCAGCACAUUUUUUGAAGAAGGAUUCAUGGCUGACGUCGAUUUAGAUCAUAGCUGUACACUAAAUAAGAAAAUCCGGAACGCCCAGCUGGCUCAGUAUAAUUUUAUUUUCGUGGUUGGAGAAAAGGAAAAAGCAAACAAUGCUGUCAACAUUCGAACAAGGGACAACAGAAUUCAUGGAGAGAUGUCUCUCGCUUCUGCCAUCGAUAAAUUGAAGACUCUCAAGAAAUCACGUACGCUAAAUGCCGAGGAAGAAUUCUGAAGUCCUUCCUUGCUGUCCCUUCUGUGUAACCUUGUUUUGACACCCGCCCCCCCCAAAAUGCAUUUUCCUUAAUUAAAGUUAGUACUUCUGAGAACUUUGGGCCACUGACGGUUCCUCUGCUGGGGGCGGUGGAAGAGGAGACAAUGAGUGAGUAGCCGAUAUGUACGAAGUUCAAUUCACUAAUGUGUCUGAGAACAAGCUUGGAGAAAUUUCUAAUUUCCCAAAUGUCUUGAGAGACUUAUAUGGGAAAAUGUUAUUGAUUGAAAAAAAGGGAAAUACCAGGAAAUGAGGAUUAUGAGGUGUUAUUGCUAAGAUUUGUGAUUUUCAAAAUAUAGGUUUUAAAUAAAAGUCUGCAACCCCUUUAGAAAA